UGACCAUGCUCUCUGUUUUAUUUGGUUGUGGUGCUGUUUUAAUACAAGAGCUUAGAAAUGUUGUUUAUGUAAAUAGAAAAAUAUAGUUUUUGGUUUUUUGAAAAGUAAAUGCCUGUAGUAUUCUCAUCUUCACAGUCGUGGUUAAGUUUUGAAGCAAACAGGAAUAUCUGGAGAAGUAGAAUCAUCUGAACUGAGAUCUGCUGCUGUAAAGAUGCUGUUUGUUAAAGAGGAGAGUGAAGAGAACACGAGUGAACCAGAAACACUGAGAAUAAAACACGGGGAACCAGAAACCUGGAGAAUAAAACAAGAGGAACCAGAAACCUGGAGAAUAAAACAAGAGGAGCCAGAAACCAGGGGAAUAAAACAAGAGGAGCCAGAAACCAGGGGAAUAAAACAAGAGGAACCAGAAACCUGGAGAAUAAAACAAGAGGAGCCAGAAACCUGGAGAAUAAAACAAGAGGAACCAGAAACCUGGAGAAUAAAACAAGAGGAGCCAGAAACCAGGGGAAUAAAACAAGAGGAACCAGAAACCUGGAGAAUAAAACACGGGGAGCCAGAAUCCUUGGGAAUAAAACCGGAGGAACAAGGAGAGUUUCUUGAAGAAAGUGAGGAGCAUGAAGAAUUGAAUAAAGAUGAGGAGAAAGAUCAUUUCAAAACUGGAGAAAACCCUUCGAGUUGCUCUCAAACCAAACAGAAAAAUUUAAAGAAAAGAAGAGCCACCUGUAAUCAGUGUGGAAAGAGUUUCACAAAAAAAAAUAGUCUUAAUGUUCACAUGAGAAUUCACACUGGAGAGAAACCUUACAAGUGUUCACACUGUGACAAGAGAUUCAGUGCUUCAUCAAGACUGAAAACACAUGAGAGGAUUCACACUGGAGAGAAACCGUAUACUUGUGAUCAGUGCGGGAAGAGUUUUGCACGAAGAGGAAUCCUUAUAAGACAUAUGAGAAUUCAUACAGGAGAGAAACUGUACACAUGUAAUCAAUGUGGAAAUAGUUUGAAAUCUAAAUAUAGUCUUGAUCGUCACAUGAGAGUUCAUACUGGUGAGAAACUGUACACUUGUGAUCAAUGCGGGAAGAGUUUUGCACGGAGAGGAAUCCUUAUAAGACAUAUGAGACUUCAUACAGAAAAGAAACUAUACACAUGUAAUCAAUGUGGAAAGAGUUUAAUUAGCAAAUGUAGUCUUGAGAUUCACGUGAGAGUUCAUACUGAUGAGAAACUGUACACUUGUGAUCAGUGCGGGAAGAGUUUCUCACACUCAGCAAACCUUAAGAGACACAUGAACACCCACACUGGAGAGAAGCAGCACUCAUGUGAUCAAUGCAGCAAGAGAUUUUUAAGAGCUUCAGACCUGAAGCAGCACCUGAAGGUUCAUACAAAGGAGAAGCCACAUUCAUGUAGUUUGUGUGGAAAGAGUUUUUCACGUUUUUCAACUUUGAAAGAACAUCAGAAAAUACAUAGUGCUGUGAGAGAGUACAUGUGCUUUGAGUGUAAAAAGACUUUUACUAGAGAAAAGUGUUUAAAACUGCACGAGAGGAUCCACACUGGAGAGAAACCCUACAAGUGUUCACACUGUGACAAGAGAUUCAGUCAUUCAUCAAAUCUGAAAAGACAUGAGAGGAACCACACUGGAGAGAAACCGUAUCACUGCACUGAAUGUGGGAAGUGUUUCAAAUGUUCAACUGCUCUACACAGACAUACAAAAAACAAUCAUAAGUUGACUGAAGAAAACGAGGUGAUUAAAGAAUCAAGUGAAGUUAAGGAGAAAAAUCACGUUAAAACUGGAGAAAAACUUUAGAAUUCCUCUCAAACCAAACAGAAAUAUUUAUUCUGCAUUUCACCGUGAAAAGAGUUUGAAAAGCAAUACAAGUCUUGAGCAUCACAUGAGAGUUCAGACUGUAGAGAAAUCAUUCACAUGUAAUCAAUAUCGGAAGAGUAAAGGAACGCAUGGACAUCCACACUGGAGAGAAACUGUGCUCGUGAUCAAUGCAGAAAAACAUUUUUUGAGCGCUUCAGAUCUGAAGCAGGACCUGAAAGUACAUACAAAAGAGAAACCACAUUUAUGUAAUUUACAUUUACGUUUAAUCAUUUAAAACAAUAGAAACAAUUAUUUGUGUGGCAAGUUUUUUUUCUGUGUCUACAAAAUUUGAAAGUACAUCAGAAAAUGCAUACUGGUGUGAAAGAGUACAUGUGAUUUUGAGUGUGAAAAAAAAAGACUUCAGUGAUUUGUUUAAAACUUCACCAGAGGAUUCACACUGGAGAGAAACUUCGUAAGUGUCCACAAUGCAACAAGAGAUUCAGUGUGUCAUCACAUCUGAAAACACACAUGAGAGGAUUCACACUGGAGCGAAACCGUAUCACUGCACUGAAUCUGGGAAGUGUUUCAAUCAAUCAUCUGCUCUACACAGACAUAGCCUACAAAAAAACAAUUAAAUAAGGCCCCGUACACGCAUUUAGCUGUAUUCAUCCAGACAGAUCAAGCAUUUUGGGAGCCUGAAACCGGAUUUUAUUCAUCUUCAAAAUCAGCAGAUUCACCUGAUAUUCAGAUCAACUAAAAGAUGCAGUUCCUCCCGAAAGAAUGUCAAAAAGUUUUUUUCUUGUAUAUCAGUUUGUUUCAUGAUUUGAAUAAUAUCAUUGUGCUUUCUUAUGAGUUUCAUUUAAUUCAUGUUCAGUUGUCUUAUAACGCAUAUCACCUGUAGUUUGCUUAAGUUUUCAUGAAGGAAAGUAGCUUUUUACAAACUGUUCUUGUUCAGGAAGCUGUAGAGGAGACUAACACUUUAAGAGACACCAAGAUAUCAUUUUAAUUGGUUAUUCAUUGUUACUUUUAAAACAAGUAAUUCUUCUAUGAUAUGUUCAGAAAACACAGAUGCAAGAUAUACUGUCAUGUAGAUUUGUAAUUGAUAUUUAAUUGCUUCUCUUUCUGUAGGAAUUAAUGUCUGAACUCCGUAAUUAGCCCUGAGGCAAAAUUAUGAAAGACCAUCAUAUCAAUAAACUCUAAUGUUAACUGUUCUGCUUUCGGUGCUAGAACAAUUAAGGAAAUACACUAACAAUUUAUUAUUGGUAUAUAAAUAUUGUCAAGCUAACUGUAUCUUGCCAACUGUUGCUACAUGUGAUAAUAUCCAGAUAUCCGUCUGAGAUGCGUUACAAUUUUUUUGCAAUCCAGCAGCAGGAUCUGUUGUACUGAAGGCGUGCAGCGGAGGGUGGUUGCCUCCACAAAGUGCAUUCAAAAUUGUUUAAUGCACAGCUAGUCACUAAUUAUCCUGCUUAUGCCAUGGUCAUUUGCAUGCACAUAAUAGAUGUUAAUAAUAUUUGUUCUGCAAUAUUUGAUUGGAAUGAUAAAAGUUUGUUUACUUUUGUCAUUCACAACUUGUUAGAUGUUAGAUUAUGGUUUCCAAUGUUUAUAGGAAGCACAUUAAUGUAGAACAUGAUAAACUGACCUGGAACUACCUGUGCAGUUAAACAAAUUUAAUCAACACCUGCCAGCCAAUCAGAAUCGAGUAUUCAGACAGAACAUGGCACAAGAAAACAAGUUUUUUGAUAUAUUAGAGACAAUUUCCAAAUACAAAUGUUUCAAAUAAAUGAUACACCAUACUGCUGCUGCUGUUCUUUCAGUGAGCGAAUUUAAAGGGUAUACAAAUUAAUAAUAUGCCAAACGAACAAACAAUAAACCUUUGUUAUUAUCUAAAGUAAUUCAUGACACAAUAUUGAAUAUAAAAAGUAUCCAGUUUAAUAAAAUAAAUGAACACUAAUAAAACAAAGUAACAAA